ACAAUGUGCUGCCAGAGAACCAGCAAGCACUGUACAGAGAAAGAGCCUGAGAGCGAGGCAGAGAAGGGGAAAGUGCUCCAGCUGACAACGAACACAAACCAACGGGAGAACACUGCAAACUCAUUUCAGGAUCUGCCAGCCCACGUCAUAAGGAUGGGCUGUACAACUGGCCACUUAGCUUGCCAAACGCAGCCCCAGACAAGCUCAGGACAGGAGGGUCAGUCUUUGGAGGCUGGUGGCGCUAAGGUCCCUGAGGUGCUCUCUUCUCUGGAGCGCCUGUCUCAGGCCACUGGUGGCAUGGAGAAGUCCUGGUACCGCUGCAUCUUUCCUUUUGGAAUCAUCUCCCUGGUGAUUGGCGUAGCAGGAACGGGGGUGACCUACACCUAUAACGACCUGCCUCAGACUAAAGUGGUGUCAGUGGUUCUGCUUGUCAUGGGUCUUUUGCUGUUGCUGAUGGCCACUGCCUGCUGGACUGUCCACAAGAAAAAGAGAAGGAAAAAGAAAGAGGGGGGAUCGUUCAACUCUGAACAGUGCCCCCUCUGAAGUGCGUGGAGAAAACUAUGAAAGGAACUUGGUAGCAGAUACAUACCUGGGGUGGGAGCUCAGGGUGAGCUAAAGAAGCUGCCACUUCACCUCCCACUGCCAAAUCCCCUCUAUUCUUUAUCACAGAGUUUGCCUCAGCUCAUACCUGGAAGAACUUGGGCUGAGAAAUCAUAGAGUGGAAGGACAGACAGGACUCCAAGGAUCUGUUUAGUCUGUAAGCUUUGGACCAUUUGGAUUGGCAAGGAGGGAUCACUAACGCCUCUCACUCUUUUAUCAUCAGACAGCAGGUGUCCAGUGUCAAAACAACUUCCAAGGAGACGCACAAAUAUGCGCUGCGCACUGCAUGCAUAUUUACACGCAUGGAUACAUGGCCCUUGCAGUCCUCAGUCACAUAUGCCCCAGUGGAAGCCUGCACAGACACCUAACACGCUAUGCGGAGCUGCUGCUGGAGUCAAUGCUGGCGUCACUAGGCACGUCAGUCACAGCAUUCCUUCUGCCAGGACAGGUGACUCUCCAAGAGGCCAGAAGUGGGCCAAAGACGGCAACUCGAUACCCAUCCGAAAGAGCGGCUCACCCACGUCAGCGGCCAGCGUCAUUCACUCGUCCUGUGACACCGCAGCAAUGUGUUGGGGGCUUUUUUUACGCAAUGGGAGAGUGGAACUUGAGUCCAACAGGAUCUCACUGGCAUCUGUGUGGAUGAUGAAGUGGAGGGGGUAAAGGACCUGUUGGGGAAAUGGACAGUGUUGUCUGUACACAUGUGAAGAUUCUGGUGAACUGCAAGAUUGUUGGAUCUGGGACUUCACUACUGAGGAACAAACGAUUUGCACAUUUGGAAAUGUCCAUGCCAAGCAUGAGAGACUUUUAGUCAAGCUCUGAAAGGCCUUCUGUAGCUUCAUCUUCACAUUUCAAAGAAGGGGGGCACUGACUUUCUGACUGAUUGCCCUUCUGUCGUUAUGCGAGCAUUUACAUCAAGCCUAGUGUCUUUGUGGGGCACCAUGGGGCAGGCCAGGAUUAUUGAAGGACACUGCAUGAGGGUCAUGCCACUGCAGGGACACUUUGACUGAUCCUGCUCCCCUAGGGCCCCUCCCGCUUUGUGCCUUGAGCAAGCACUCAUGGAAAAAGGCUCUGUUGCAUUCCCCCAUUUCCAUUUGAACCCCUAAGAAUUUCCCCCUUGUUUUCUCUCGCUCUUAACCCCACCAAGACUGUCCUCAUCCAUCCAAAACACUAUCCUUCAUCCUCCAAUUUCUGACUUGCUCCUACUUAUUUCCCUAAUUUUCAUAAAGCCUUUGAGAGAGUGUGUACGGCUAUUUGACACACAAGUUGGGACACACACACACUUAGUCCAGGCAUUUGUCGUUAUCCAUCCGUGCCAAAGAACGUAGAUUAUUUUUGCUCUCAUAGUGGAAAGAAUAUUGACGCAGCGUGAAUGGCAAAUCCCUUUGUCGGGUUAAAAAUAGGGUACAAGGCCAUUCUCUCAUGAAUAGUGACUAAGGUUUGUGCUCUAAGUGGCUCCGGGGUUUCCCUUUCCCACACUUAUGCUUUCUGAGAGAAUUAAUGAAUGGAGCUGCGCAACGGCUCUACGUCUGUGUAUAGGUGCUUUCUGUUGGUGUGUGGUCUCACAGGAGGAGACACACAAUGACUUUUUACUCUUGUCUUAAAUAUCUGUCACUGAAUGUAACACCAGACAGAGCUGCAAAUCGUUGGAGGAGUAAGUGCUUGUACAGAAUGUAUAGAUAUGUAAAGGAGUCCAGAGCUUUUGUCUCCAUGUGAAGGGCAGUUUAGUAGCAGUCCUUUACCCUUGAGCGCUAUCAUUGAUCACUGUUUUAUUGAUUACGGUUACCUGAUUAGUGACCAUUGUUGCUGAGUAAAAUGUGUCUAUGCAUCUAGAAGUAGCAGCUAACACACAGUGCCAAAGACUGUCCUAAGGGCCAGCCUGCUAAUUUCAAGCCUACACCUGCUUGCCUGCUUUAAUAGACAAGCAAUGGAUCAGCUCUUUCUUAAACAUUUUUGCAGUUAACAUUACAUUUACAUCUUCUGUCACAUUAUGAAUGCCUGCCAAAGGUUGAUAGUUUAAGCAAAGUGAAGUUUGGGGGAAAUGAGGAGGUAAUGGUGGAAGACAAAAGCAAGCUGGAAAGUCAUUGGUUCCAGUUUGAUGUGCAACUGGGGAGCUGUGCCUGCAGCUAGAUUGGGAUCAGCCAUCCUCAACAAAGCAGCAUUAUUCUUGGGGGAUGUCAUGCAUUACUGGCAGCGGCAGUGAAAAUGCCAAGUUAACAGAUUGAAGUUAGUUUUCUCUGAACCUUUACUAGCUGACAAAAACUGAACCAACAUGAUCCAGUCAAGAGAAAGUUACAACAAUUACAACAUCCACACAUUUUACUCUGCCCUGAACUUUGGCUUGUGUGUCAAUGCCAUUUCACACCCAUAGUACUCAUUUAUUAUGUAGUACCUUGUGGUUACAUAGUUGUUUUUGCCAGAUUUCAAGCUAUAUCGUGCCACUGUGUUGACACUAUAAAUGGAUAACAGGUGACCAGAUUUUUGUUUGUAAGACAUGAAAAUAGAUUUCUCUUCUGCCUUGUGAAAAAAUUAAGGGGAAAGUCUACCUCUCUGUGCUGCAGGGGAAAUGUGUCCCUAACCAAGUAGAUAGCCAUGCUGUCUGCUGUAUGCUGUGUGUUUUUCCCAUGAGCGACACUACAUAUGUGUAUUGUGUGCCCUUUAAUAUUUGGUGCUGUAAAUAUAAUAAUUUUAUAUUUCGACUGUAUAUUUCUACUGAAAUGUAAAGUUUGAUUGUUGUAAAAUAAAUGGUAAGUGAGCACA